AACUAGUGGAAAUGAUGUAUUAUUGGAUUUUUAGUGGGUCAGUGACAGUUUAGCCUGAUUUCCCGUGCACCACCUGGUCACUCUGAAGAACCUAAGGCGAAAUAAAUAGCUUUUAACUAUUUCCUCGAUCCUUUUUUUCGCUUUAAACUUCCACGAUGGACUGGUAUGUGGGCACAGAAUGGGAGGAUAAAGGCCGAGGCCUUACCAAGAAAGUGCUUGCCUUCCAGCUGAGCGACAUGGAGAAGCCAACGGCGUGCAGCACCUUGCAGUUCAGUGUCAACAAGAAAUGCGCCAAUUUGGGUGAGCGGCCCAGCAAGUACUUGGCGAGCGAUGAAACCACGGCGUAUCCUCAACAACACUCCCUGGAAAUGGGCCGAGCCGUGUACCCAGUGGAUUGUUAUGUCGAGAUUUUGCUGCAGCAGUUCCUUCCCGGUGAAACAGCCGCCUGCAGCAUCCUGACCAAAAAUGGCGUUCGGAUCGAGUUCGAGAUGAGACUGGACAAGAUAGUGAAGAACACGCAGGUGGAGAAGCUGGACGCAGCGGGUAUGUAUGACCUGGCGCUGCGUCUCAAGGAGAGUGGCGUGGCCACAUUCAAAUCCUAUCCGAAAUUCGCAUUUGAUUACUUUGCGCGGGCCGCAAAGCUGCUGAUCACAUACAAACCCUUCGACAAGUUGACCAAGAGGGAGAACGGCAUUAACGGAAGUACAGUCGAGGAGCUCUUUAUCCAGAUACAGACCAACCUGGCCGCCUGCCUGCUGCUGGAGAAGCGCUACGAGCACGUCAUCUACCACACGCAAUUCGUGGAAACGGCGGAGAGUCCCAGUGAGAAAAGCAUUUACCGGCGCGCAUUGGCCUUCUACCACCUGAAGGAGUUUGCCAAGGCACAGGCCACCAUCGAGCGGGUGCCCAACUACGAGGAGAAGCGCGAGUUCAGCAAGCUGCGGGACAACAUUGCUGCCAGCUGGAAGGAUAGCAACACCCACUACAAGGAGGUGGUACAGCGUAUGUUCAGCUAGUUCUCAUUGUUACCAUUAUCUCAGCCAACCGACAAGUGGUCUGUUUAUAAAAUAGCUUAUAUUUAAA